AUGUUCGCGAGGUUCUUUGGGCGGCGGGCGAAGCCGGAGUUGAAGGUGGUGUGCGACGCCGAGUCCAUCGUGUACCCGGUUGACUUCGAUGCCCCAGAUUAUCCUUAUGAACAGGCCUUCAAGGAGGCAGAUGCAUACGUCCGAAAGCUGCCCAUACAGGGUGUUAUUCCCAUCUCUGACAUAGUGAGGCUGCAGUUCUACUCCCUCUUUAAGCAGGCGACGGAGGGCGACAUCGGUGAGAAGGACGUGAAGCAGCCGAGCAUGCUGCGGGACUGGGAAAGGUACUGGAAGGUGUACGGCUGGCGCAAGUGUCGGGGGAUGACCCGUGAGAAGGCGCGUGACAGGUACAUUGACCUGUUAGACUUGCAGAUUCGCAAGCACUGCUCAUUUGUUUGGGGUGCUCCGGCCAGCGAGGAUCGAUGGGCCGCCUUCCACGACGGUGUUAGGAUUAUCCGGAAUCUUCCAAAGGGCGGAUACCGACUCCCCGAAUCUCUGCGCGCGCACUUCUACGCUCUCUACAAGCAGGCACAUGUGGGCGAUCUCAGUGACUUCCAGAAGACCCCCGGUGCACGCUCAGGCAAGUACAAGUGGCUGCGCUCUCGCCCACUCAAGGCGGGGUUUGACCAGAUGCGAUACGACGAGUGGGCGGCGCUAAAGGGGAUGAGCCCUGAGAAGGCAAAGCGCAUGUACUGCAAGGACAUAUUUAAGAAUGCCGCAAUGUGCGGCUAUGUGUGGGCGCCGCCGGGAACAGAGGACCACCUCGAGGUGAUUGGCGAUCAGACCUCCGCCAAGACUCUCAAGAAGCGCGCCAAUGCCGAUAAGGAUGCCGAGAGGAUCGCAGCGGCAGCACAUCUUAGCAUAGAGGAAACAAUUAAUGCCACCGGCGUGCAGCUGUCGAUGAUAGAGCGACUGACGAUGCACUCCUUCUUGAAGGAGGAGAAGCAGGCCGCCGCCGCCAAAGCUGCCUCCUCGGCAGCAAGGCGGAAGAGGCAGGAGGAGUCGGAGCGGAAACACCGAGGCGCCGCGGGUUCUCACGCGGAUCCGAACACGGGCGUGGCCAGCGCGAGGCCAAAUGCGGAGGUGUCGUCGUCGUCGGAGGAGGAGGAUACAGAGGCGGACGUCAAAGCGGAGGGCGAGGAGACACUCGAGUCACAGGGCACGGGUAGCGACUUCCAGAGCGUGUGCAGCCUCUGUGGGAGCAUCGAGAAGGAUGUCCCCACCGAUGCGGCGGCGCCGGAGGGUGAGAAAAUGAGCGGCACCCCCGCUGUCGCAACGAAGUCUGGGACAGGCGUCUCGACAUCUCGGGCACCGGUGGUGAAGCUGGAAGCCCCCGCUGAGGCGAAAGGAGCACCGAAGCCCCCUCUAUUGGAGAGGCAACCUACGGCAAAGGAGAGACCGGUGACGAAGGGUGCCGCACCAAGUUUCCAGGCGAAGAACAGAGCCAAGAGGGAUGCUGCGAAAGAAAAUGAAGGCUAA